AUGAAGCCUUCACAAGUGUUACUCGGUAUUGCUGCUGCUGGUGUUCGGCUCGCAAACGCAGCUACACCAGCAGGCUCCGAACCUCAAGUCCCCAACACCUUGGGUCUUGCCUUUGGCAAAAACGUCGUGCAACCCGGCGAGAUGAUCGAGCAAGCUGGUAAGUCUCUCUUAGCCCCAGGGGGUUUUGCUUUCAAUAUACAUGUCCACAAAAAGAAUACCAACACCACGCCCCANGUCGCCGAUGCAGGCCAACCCGCCCUCUACGCCCCUCACCCCAAAAUCAACAAUCGCAACAUCAAAAAACACCCCGGAAACCCUCACGACAAGACCUACAUCUUUACCAUGGUGGAUCUCAAUCUACCUUUCUUCGCUUUGCCCGCAACCACAGACUUUGCCUCUCUCGUCCCCGGCAUCGGGCCCAACCGCACAACCCGCCUGCACUGGUUCGAAUAUAACGUCCACGCCAUCCCUCCCCGCCAACAACUCCAAAACUUUUCGGUUCCGGUGGCUGGAUAUGAAGGUCCUCAACCGCCAAAGGGAGACGAACCGCACAAUUACGUGGUGUAUCUGUUUGAGCAGCCCGAGGGAUGGAAACCCGAUGCUGCAGCGAUGGAAAGCUAUAAAGACGAAACCUCGUUUGCGAGAAUGAACUUUUCGGUCAAGGCGUUGGAGCAGCAGAUUGGUAAGCCCAUUGCGGCAAACUACUUUGUCGUCGAGAAUGAGAAUAAUACAAAAAGUGGUUAG